CUCUGGUUCGAUAUUAGGAAGUUUUAGAAGGUUUUUGUAGAACGGAUCUGUUGUUGACGAGCAAGAAGAUUAAGGUCUUCAGAGUUGAGAUUGAUUGGAUUGGAUUUAAUUAUCGUCGUUUGCAAUGGUAAACUCGAAGAAAGAAGGUUUAAUUGACGAGAACCAAAUCGAGGGAUCGGAUUCUACAGACAAUGUUUCUGAGGAAUCUGCUGUUGGUGUUUCGUCGAUGGAAACCGAAUCCUCUUGUGUUGGUUCUACUGGCUCUUCGUUGGAGAGUAGGAGAAGCUCAGGAAAUGAACGGGAGCUUACGGAGAUGCUUAGAGGUAUCUUCGGAGAUGAAGGUGAUGAAGAUCUGUUGCUACAGAGUACCGGUCGAGAAAACGGCAUUAUACAGUGGCUUCAGGCCUUGGAUGCACAGGUUAUGGGAGGCUGCCGUGCCGAUGAAAGGUUGAAGCCGUUGAUGAAGCGAAACGUUUCGAGUGGUGUUACGGAUGAUAGCUUGCUGGCCCAUAUCAGUCAGCAUUUUGAGGCAUCAGAAGUUGGUAUGCUGGCGAGGUGUUUGUGCAUUCCUCUCGUUACCAUUCGUGUAGGGAAGGUUGUCAAGCAAGGAACACUUCUGUGUCCAACUACCAUAAGGGGAAAUCUCUAUCUCACCCUUUUGCCGACAUCUGAUUUGCGCAUUUCAUUUGCUGGGGAUGAUGGCUUCACAGAGAAAGUUGCUACAUUGAGUAGCAAUUCUGAAAGCUCAGUGGCAAUAGAAGAAAUCUCAGCGGACAAUUCUGGUCGUUCUUUCCUAAUAAAGCUACCGGAUGGGAAAGUCUCAUACUUCUGGUAUUCAGAGAAAUCAAAGCUCCUUGGCAUGGAACUGCUAGAAAAGAUGAAGGAUAUUGUUAGGAGGAAGCCUUCUCUUGCUCAGCUAACUGGAAUCAGUGAAUCACGACUUGACUGCUUUGCAACUCAUCUCCGUGCUUAUCUGAUUGGAUCAACUGUGAGCAAUACUCAAGCAAAUACAGAUGUCUCUUCAUCUUCGGUGGUUACUGUGUCCAACCCUCCGGAGUUGGACCAGAGCAUCCAACUUUUACCUGCAUCUACGAUGCCAUACUGUGCACGAUUCAUCAGUAGUCAAGCAGAAACGACUCAUGCCCUCUAUCAAAGCAGCUUCAGCCCAAGAUCUAAUUCUUUCCAGGAUGGGUUGCCAAGGAGCUUGUCCCUUGCUAAAAGCAUGUCUAGGGAAAAUAUUGUACGGCAAGGAGAUGGUCAUCUUUCAAUUGAGAACCUAUCUGUUGCUUCCACAUUUGCUGCGCAAGCAUGUACUACGAUCCACACCGAAAGGGAUAAUAUUCUGGAGGUCAGCAAAUCCCAACCCCUCUUGCCAUUAGGCUUCUUGCGAUCUCUUGGGAGAUCUGAUUCUUUACCCUCAGUAGGUCCAUUUUCAUCGCAAAUUCCUGCCAUUGGUGCUCCAAAUUAUUCCCCCUACUACUGCUGGUGCCCAACCGGCACAUCAACCCUGCAAUGCUCUUCAACACUUCCACAGCUGCCAAAACCAUUAAGUGAUUCUUUGUCUCUGCCGACUUUGUCUUUUUUAUCAUCUGAUACGAGUUCCCCCAUCCCCCUGUUCCCACCAGAGAGUUCUAUUGAUGUCCUAGAUGUUAAAUCAUUGGAUUUCCCUGUUCUCCUGCCCGACCCAAUGUUUCAGUUUCCUCUUCCAGUUUCUUCGAUCAUCUCUGCAGUGAGCUCGCAACAGAUUCCAACUUUCACCCCCUUAAUGUGUGACUCUAUUGUGCACAUUCCGAUGAUCGAUGUUUGCUCAUCAGGUCAAGGCUACUUGGUCAGUGCAGGGCCUGCUAUUUCAACAACUAUACCAUCUUUGCACCCAAAUUUUAUGAGCCCCUUAAUCCCAGAAACAGAGUCGGUGGUGGAGAAGGGUGCGAGGGAAACUCUGCGGCUGCUCAUAAGUUCAUCUCAGACAAAUUCACAGCUCAUGGGUGUGCUGCCUGUUGUUUUAAACAGCACGGAAGAAAAACAUGGUAACCUUGGGGCAGGAAGCAGGGGUUUUUAUAGUGGAAUGAUUGAUGUUGGUGCUAUCAAAAGCAGCGUUGGGGCUGUGGGAUUACCGUCCUGGCAAAAGAUACAGUUCAGGGAUGAUGAUUUGGGGAAUCUAUUAUCACAGGGUGCAGAAGGCCCUGAUAAGUCUUGCUGUUCAGAUGAAACAGGAGGGGCCAACGAGUCAUUGGAAAGUUAGGAAGUGUUAAAUUUUGCAUCUUUUUUUUUUUUUU